AUGGGACUACAUGAGAAGGAUCUGCGACCAGUCAUAUCGAGCAUCUAUGGUUUCACGAGAGAUACCAUUGCUUUAAAGGAAAUGAUCAAACGCCCGAUUUCUCUGGGAACCGCACAUGUCGUGGCUAAGUCGAUGGCUGACUUCGCCGUCAUCGAUCAACACUCGGCAUAUAAUGCUGUGAUUGGUCGUCCUAUCCUGAAGGAGAUGAAGAUUGUGACGUCCAUUUAUCAUCUCACCAUGAAGUUCCCUACUCCCGCUAGAGUAGGAUCUGUGCGACGAGUCCAAUCAGACUCACGAGAAUGUUACAAUGCGGCAUUGAAGCUCGCAGAAAAGAAGUCAGUCAACGUCAUUUAUCUGAUAGAAGCACCGCCCCCUCGACAGGAGGUGUUUAGAAUAGAGGAAAUACAACACAAAGACGAACCAGACUUGGAUCCUAGGGUCCUCAAAUACACAACCACCGCCCAAGCCGCGGUAGACACUAUUGAGGUACCCAUUGAUCCUUUAGAUAAUAACAAGGUCAUGAACUUCUCAGUUUCAUGGACGCAUACUCGGGAUAUAACCAGAUCCCGAUGUGCGACAUAUCAGAGGCUGGUAAAUAUGAUGUUCGCAGAUCUAAUUGGUGAAACCAUAGAGGUAUAUGUUGACGAUAUGCUCGUAAAAUCUCAACAUGCAAAAGACCAUGUUACCCACUUACAAGCAAUGUUAGAGAUACUGCGGCGAUAUAAAAUGCGACUCAAUCCUCUUAAGUGUGUCUUUGGAGACAGGUCGGGAAAAUUCCUUGGGUUUAUGGUAAAUCAACAAGGAAUCAAAGCAAACCCUGCGAAGAUUAAAGCAUUAGUAGAGUGCGAUCUCCGACUAAACCAAAAGAAGUCCAAAGCCUUACAGAGGACCGAUAAGUGCGAAGAGGCUUUUCAAGCACUUAAGUCACAUUUGGGGCGACCCCCAAUCCUUUCGAAACCAAUGCCCGGAGAAGUUUUAUCCAUCUACCUUACAGUGUCCGAAUACUCGAUUAGUUCAAUACUAAUCCGCGAAGACCAGGGAAAACAGUAUUCGGUGUAUUAUGUUAGUAAGCGCCUGUUAGACGCUGAGACUCGCUACCCGCAAAUGGAGAAACUGGCAUUUGCUCUGGUGAUAGCGUCAAGAAAAUUGCGAUCUUAUUUCCAAGCUCAUAGCUUUGAAGUUUUAACGAACUACCCUUUGAGUCAAGUUCUGGCGAAACCAGAGGCAUUAGGAAGAUUGUUAAAAUGGUCGGUAGAGCUGAGCCAGUUCGACAUUAGGUACAAACCUAGAUCUGCGAUUAAGGGUCAAGCACUAGCUGACUUUAUACUUGAGUUCCCGAGCACCGAAGUGGCACUCAUAGAGGAAAAAAUCGACCAUGAUAUACCAAACAGCGAAGGAUGGACUUUAUACGUUGACGGAGCCUCCAACAGCGAAGGCUCCGGUGGUGGUAUAAUACUCAUAAGCCCCAGCAAUUUUAAGGUACAUGCUGCACUUAGAUUUGAAUUUUCUGCAUCUAACAAUGAAGCCGAGUAUGAGGCUUUGAUUGCAGAAUUAAAACUCGCUCUUGAGAUGAAGAUCGAGUACUUACAAGCUUUCAGGGACUCCCAAAUCGUUGUAUGCCAAGUGAACGGAGAAUACCUGGCCAGAGGCGGACAUCUGGCAAGAUACCUCGCACUAACUUGUGAGUUGCUACAGAAAUUCAAGAAGGUGAUUGUUUCUCGAGUGACACGUGCUCAUAACUCUCAUACAGACGCCUUGGCCCGUUUGGCCUCAACAAGAGAAGCUGAGUUACUCAAUGUAAUUCAUGUCGAUGUGUUAACUCACCCAACAGUGAGCCGAACUGAAGUAAUGGAGAUAAAUACUGCCAGAGAAGUCACAUGCAUGACUCCCAUAGUGGAUUACUUAGAGAAAGAAAUCCUAUUCCUACCCGAAGAUAAAAUAGAAGCUAGAAAACUGCGGUAUCGAGCUGCUCGAUAUGUUAAUAUGAUGGCAGGCUUUAUCGUAGAAGCUUCAGCCAACCGUUGGUCAAAUGCAUUGAUGGUGCCAAGUGCGAUUAUAUACUCCGUGAAGUGCAUGGUGGUAUCUGCGGCAACCAUGCCGAGGCGGAUAGCCACAUAUGUCAACCAACCUCCAAGCAACUUACACUCCAUAACAAGUCCUUGGCCCUUUGCGGUCUGGGGCAUCGACUUAAUUGGAGAGUUACCCAAAGGGAAGGGCGGAGUCAAAUACGCCGUAGUCGCAGUCGAUUAUUUCACCAAAUGGGUUGAGGCAAAAGCCCUUGCGACUAUCACAGCUGUCAAAUUACGAGAGUUUGUGUAUAAUUCCAUCAUCUGCCGGUUUGGCAUCCCUUACAAACUUAUCUCGGAUAAUGGAAAACAGUUCGAUUGUAAGGAAAUGCGAGAAACGUGCGAUGAGUUGGGGAUUAAAAAGGCGUUUUCAUCAGUUGCCUAUCCACAAAGUAAUGGGCAAACAGAAGCCGUGAAUAAGAUGAUUAAGCAUACCAUUAAGGGAAAACUCGAGGAGCAUAAGGGGGUAUGGCCAGAAGAGCUUCUGCAAGUUUUCUGGUCGUAUAACACAACCCCUCGAUCCACGACUGGCAAAACUCCUUUCUCGCUUUCCUACGGAUGCGAAGCCAUGGUACCAGUCGAAGUCGGGGUGGGCUCCCUACGAAGAGAUGUUUUCAACAUCAGCCAAAAUGCAGAAAAGCAAUUGGUCCACCUUGAUCUUUUAGAAGAAAAGGGCGAUCAGGCUCAUUUGAAAAAUGCGGCCAAUCAGGAGCAUACUGCUCGAUAUUUUAAUUCUAAGGUCAAAGAGCGAACUCUGCGAGUAGGGGAUUUGGUUCUGCGAAAAGUCAUGCCAAAUACGAAAAACCCAACACAUGGGGUUUUCGGUGACAAUUGGGAAGGACCAUACCUUAUCGCUGAAAAAAUUGGCCAUGCAACUUAUCGACUUACAGAACUCGAUGGCACUGCGAUCCGAAGAGCUUGGAAUGACGAGAGUUUGAAGUUUUAUUAUCAGUAG